AUGAGGAUUUUUGGUUGCCUAGGUUAUGUGACUGAUGUAAAAAGGGAUGACAAAUUUUCACCUAGAGCCUCACCAGCUAUUUUCCUUGGCUACUCUAUGACUCAAAAGGGAUACAGGGGGUACAACAUCCAUACCAAGGAGUUCUUAGUAAGUAGAGAUGUUCUGUUCAAAGAAAAUGUAUUCCCUUUUCAACAUCCAGCUUCUCUACCUUCUUUGUUUCUUGCAAUUGACAUACCUCAAGUGUCAUUGCCUAAUGAUACCUCUCACAGUCUAGACCAAUCCACUCAAGCAGCUGUUGAGGUUGAGCCAGAAUCAUUAGUUGAAUCUACUCAUGAUCAUUCUACUUACCAGACCUCUACGACCAAUAAUCAUUUGGUAGAAACUUCACCUCCUAGAAGAUCUGGGAGAACUAGUAAACCUCCUAUUUGGUUAAAAGAUUAUGCUACCAAUCCUCAAGGCAAAGCUAACUGCUCCUAUCCUCUUUCACCACAAUGCUAUAAGAAUGUGUCUGACUCCUAUGCCAAAGCUCUAUCUUCUUAUUCUGUUAUUGUGGAGCCACAAUCCUAUACUGAAGCUAUCAAGAAUCCCAAAUGGAUUGCAGCUAUGAAAGUUGAAAUCUCAGCUUUAAAGGAUAAUUACACCUGGUCUAUAGUGAAGUUUCAUACUGGUAAGGUUCCCACUGGAUGCAAAUAG